AUGCCACGGCCGACACCACUAGCGCCUUCACCGCGCACGGUCUACGAUAUUGUGAAGUCACACAUACAGCUUCCAAUCAACCGCGACUACAAUGCCCUGAAGCGCGUGCUGCGCAAUUGGCUGGCGUACACGCGCACCCCGUUGCAGGAGAAGCCGACCUUCGCAGCCGAGCUAGUCAUCACUAUAACCCGCAUGCCGCCCGCGUCUCAGAGCACCGUCGCACAAGGUGCAGGUGGCAUCAGCGGAACUGCGGUCGGCAAGGCCCGUGCAGCGCGAGAAGGGCGUUGGUGGCCUUUGUGGCGUGCCCGCAAGGGUCGCGAUGGCGCUGGCGACCCUGCGUUGGCCGCGAAGGUGGCCGGCGUUGCUUCGUCUUCUGCGCCCACCAUCCCCCCUUUCGUGUACCGCAAGGUGGUGCCUCUCCACGUGUGGACUGCGGUGCUGCCCUGGGAAAUGCAGCGCGGGCUGUCCUUCAGUGAUCUGCGGCUGCCUCCGAACGUGUCGUCGUCGCGUGGUGCCGAGUCAGGUACGACGGCAUUCUGUGACAAGACAGCGGCAGAACAAGUCUCGCGCGAGAGAAGUGGCGCAAAGGGGGCGGCAGCAGCAGCGGCAGCGAUGGAUCCUGAGGAAGAGGACCCGUACGGGGUGGUCACGCCACCUAUCGCCUUCCUCGAGGGCAACAGGGCGAGCACUGCGGCAGCGGCGCUGGCUCGCGCUCCGCUCGGCGCUGCGACCACUGCCGCAGCAGCAGCACCGACCUCCUCCUUCUCUAUCACACCCGCCGUGCCUGCGAUGCUGUUCCUCCCUGAUAUACGCUCGACCAAAGCCUACGGCAUCGGCUUCUGGAGUGGGGCGAUCCGUCAAGCCAUCGAUGUGCUCUUUGUUGGGCCGACGCUGCCUAGCUCAGUCGGCGGCGCCUCCGCGUCGUUUCGGCAACUUCGUCAAGAGGACGGCUUGGCGCUGGUGAUGGCAAACCAGAUCUCCAGGGAGGUGCUCCAUCGCUUCUUCCCGUUGCAAGAGAUAAUAUCUCCGUCGUCGUCCGUGGCGUCGGCCUCGUCCGCUGCCUUCCGCGUCCACUCCUUCGGGCACCUGGACCCACUGCCCCCGUCACUCCACCCAUCGCGACUCGGAAUCGACGAUUGGCAGGAGGAAUACCGCGGGCUGUCCUUCACAGUGACACCGGAUGCGCCGUACAACACUCCAGAGGAGGCACCACGUUAUGUCUUCGAGGUGCCACGUCACACACUGCGACCUGCCGUGGCGGCAGCGCUGAAGGAGAGCCGCAGCGCUCAUCAAGAGCAACUGCACGCCAGCGAUGCACGAGGUCGUGCUCUCGCCAAACCCGCGACACCCAUUCAUGAUUGCGAUGCGACCGGCAGCAAACUAUGUGGACAGGCGGACGAUGACGUCUCCAUCGACCUUGCUGUGAACCUGUCGCAGCAGCUGCGCGCUGACCUCUUUGCUAAGGCGCAGCUGUGCGUGGAGUAUGUGUCGCUGCUGGAGGAGGCUAUUGCUCACUAUGCGCGCAUGCUCAACACGGACAUUGCGGCCGCUGCAGAAGUACCACUGGACGAACGGCCUCCUAAUCACGCGGACGCUGGCGCUGGAGCUGGGAGUGGAAGACGCAUGAAGGUGUGGCUGUCCGAGCACGAGUUCCGUUGGAUGACGCCAGAGGAGCUGAAGCAGGCCUCUGAAGCUGAAGUGGCGACCGAGCACCCGGCUCCGAAGAGCUCCUCGAUGCAUGCGGAUGACGAUGUCUUUCAAGAAUCUCGUAAAGAAGCUGCCGCGAUGACGCAAAGGAAAGACAAUGGCGUCGCUGUUCUUGGCGCGGGUACGGAAGCAACGCUGCGCGACACUGCCGCUAGCGCCGUGGCGGCACAGCCAGCUCGGUCGGAGGCCGUCAGCGCGGCACGCAGCAUCAGUCUGCAGUCCCCCAUCCUGCGGGAUGAGGAAGAAGGCCGCCCUUCGUAUCUCGCUCCGUCGUUUGUGGGCCGUCACGAGGCACCCGCCCUGCAGAGCAGCGCCGUUGUGCUGAGCGCUGACAAGCUCGCCCGCUACCCCCGCACAUAUUCCCAUAUGCAGGAGCUGCCGCCAGUAGACUACGAGUUGUAUGAGCUGUGCAUGCGUCUUGGGGUUGGACAGCAGUCAGUCCUGUAUCACUACCACGAGCGCAUCCUGCACGAGUGGCGUCGUGAGCUGCACCGCCUGCGGCAGCAGCAGCAGCCGAAGACUUGCGGUGCACCCGAGUCUCCUCACGUAACAGCCCCGUCACGCUUGGCCAAGGAAGAUGUGCAGCGCAUGGUGGGCCUCGUGCGAGACCGAAGCCUGCAGCUGCCCUCCGACAUGGUCUCUCUCGUGGAGGCCGUGGCUGCGGCGAUGUGA